GCUUUGUUGGACAAGGAGUAACAAUGUCAGGGUUGAAGAAACGGAGUUCCAAUACUUCCGCGGAUAGGGAUGAAGACGACAAGCAGGUGAUGGAGAAGAUGCUCUCCAGCAGAGGUGGAAAUGGCAACAUGAGCCGACCAGGAGACGGCACACCAGGAAGCCCAAACGCAGACAUCAGUCCUGCGGAUGGAGGAGAUGAGACAGUCGUGCUGAAAAGAACUAUUACUCUCGUAAACGGCGUGGCCAUCAUUGUAGGCACCAUUAUCGGCUCUGGCAUCUUCGUAACCCCAACCGGGGUGGUGAAGGAAGCUGGUUCGGUCGGGCUGUCGCUGGUCGUGUGGGCUGUAUGCGGCGUCUUCUCCACUAUAGGCGCCCUGUGUUAUGCCGAACUGGGGACCACCAUCACCAAGUCGGGGGGUGACUACGCCUACAUCCUUGAGGUUUAUGGCUCCCUACCUGCGUUUCUGAAGCUGUGGAUCGAGCUUCUCAUCAUCAGGCCGUCGUCGCAGUAUAUUGUCGCAUAUGUUUUCGCUACCUACCUCCUCAAGCCCAUCUUUCCCGACUGCCCAGUCCCUGAAACAGGAGCUAAACUGGUCGCCUGCCUCUGCAUCCUGUUGUUGACUGCUAUCAACUGCUACAGUGUGAAGGCCGCCACAAGGGUCCAAGAUGCCUUCGCUGCUGCUAAGCUACUGGCCCUGGUCCUCAUCAUUAUUAUUGGCUUUGUGAAGAUCGGCAAAGGUGAUACUACUGAGCUCCUGCCUGCCAAUUCAUUCAAAGGAAGCAAUAUGGACUUUGGGAACAUCGGUUUGGCUCUUUACAGUGGGCUUUUUGCCUAUGGAGGAUGGAAUUAUUUGAAUUUUGUCACUGAGGAGAUGAUCGAGCCAUACAAAAAUCUUCCCCGGGCCAUCAUCAUCUCUCUCCCUAUUGUCACUGUUGUCUAUGUGCUGACCAACCUGGCCUACUUCACCACCCUCUCUCCACAGGAAAUGCUUUCAUCGGAGGCUGUUGCUGUGGACUUUGGAAAUUACCACCUGGGGCCAAUGGCCUGGAUAAUCCCUGUGUUUGUGGGAUUGUCCUGCUUUGGCUCUGUGAAUGGCUCACUGUUUACCUCAUCCAGGCUGUUCUUCGUUGGGUCCAGAGAAGGUCAUCUUCCCAGUUUGUUGUCAAUGAUCCACCCUGACCUUCUGACCCCUCUGCCUUCUCUUAUAUUUACUUGUAUUAUGACACUCCUCUACGCAUUCUCCAAUGACAUAUUCUCAGUCAUUAAUUUCUUCAGCUUCUUUAAUUGGCUCUGCAUCGCUAUGGCGAUCGUCGGCAUGAUGUGGUUACGCUAUAAGAAACCUGAGCUGGAACGGCCAAUUAAGGUCAAUAUCCUGCUGCCAGUUAUGUUUGUAUUGGCCUGCUUGUUCCUCAUCGUGGUUUCUAUCUGGAAAACCCCUGUCGAGUGUGCCAUUGGAUUUGGAAUCAUUGCCACAGGAGUUCCUGUUUACUUCUUUGGCGUUAGAUGGCAGACCAAGCCAAAGUGGCUGUUGCAGAUCAUCUUCUCCGCUACGGCGACGUGCCAGAAGAUGAUGGAUGUGGUACCUCAGGAGUCCUGAAGACCAAAUGGAGCAACAGAUGCCCCCUUAGCGCACAAAUUCAAGUCUCCUUGCAUCCACCCUUACUGUAUUCCUCAACUGCCUCACCUCUUCAUGUGUGAGCCAGACGAAAGUCUUAUCCUGCUGAUAAUGUUGGCAAAAUCAGUCCUUCCCUCAAUCUAAUGAUUAUACUGUAUACAUUUGAUAGUUUGAGUUACGUGUUUUCUGAUACAUUUUUAGACCAUUUGAGAUAUGUGUGUCAUAUCGCCACUACAGCAUUGUUAUUGAAGUCUGCAAGUGGUUUUCUUGGUUAUCUCUUUAUUUAAGGCCUCGUUUUGCCCUGCUUUCAAUGUGGUGUGUUUGCAUGAUAGUGAGCUUCCAGUAUUGUGCUUUCAGCUUUUGUUUCGAAAUGUAUGUUAGGAAAAGUGCAUACCAAGCUGAAAGCAUCUCGCUCUUUGGAGACGCCAUUGUCUCAAUGAUUUUGAUGGUUAAAGCCAUGAUCUUCUCUUGAAUGAAAUGUAAACAAAUUCGCAACUUGGACCAUGACAUAAUUUCGCUGAUCUACACACACCGUUUACCAUUCGCUAUUCUACAGCAGAUAUGAUCAGUUUGCUGUGCCUUGUCUGUCUGUGUAGAAAUUAAUUAUUUUUUACAAUCUUUAUGAUAAGACUUUAUACUUCAACAGAUUUAUUUUUGAUGGGUUAAUGCAGCUUUUUUUUACGCUGUUUGCAAGAAUUACAAGGAAUUUCUCCCUUUUUUUGUCUUGGUCAUUUGAUUGGUUUCACCCAAUUCCUUCUUUUUCCUCCUCUUAUUGUUAUUAUUACUACUACUGUUUUUAUUAUGAAAGGCAUAGACAUACAGUGUUCACAAAUUCAUCAGAACACCGAUCAAGCCCAGUACCAAAAGCCUUGCUACAUUGUUUUAACUCGGUAAACUUACAUUACACUCCUAGAUCUGAUUGUAUAUUUUGUACACCUAACUAUGAUUUUAAGGAGCACAAAAUAUUGGAUGCUGUUGUCCAAUACAGAUAUACAUGAAGUACAGUACUUAGCACUGGACCCUGGGGCACUAUUCAAUGAUGAAUUACCUCUGAAGCAGUCAGUCUCUUGAUCAUUCUGGACCUUUUCAGGAAAAAUGUCCUCUUGUAUCAUUAAAGAUACUUGUAAUUUCUGAAAUAAACAGAUGUAGAGUUACUGUAGAGGUUUACGGUGAUGCCGUCACCAUUUAAAAAGGUUUGCUGCUGCUGUACUACAGUACAUAUGGCCUGCCGGUUACACCAGUUACUGCAUCUUUAUAUUGCACCUUCAAAGGUAUUGUUAAAAUUACCCUAACAAGAUUUUGAGAUUUUAGUGCCUCGUCAGUUUUUGGACUGAAAACAAAACAGAACGAUUUUGCUGUAAAAUGCUUGUUUUGGAUUUGGAUGGCUGCACUUGAGAGAUGAAUGCAGUGUUUUUGAGUUAUCCUAGUUUUGCUCAAUGGUUGAAUGGUUGGUUAAUGAUUGGUAGCUCCCAUACUAGACCAAAAUCAGCUGUGUAUGUGAGAGACACUGUUUGAUUUUUUGUUUUUGACGGGGAAGUCUGGGGGUUAUGGGAUUGUUUGGGGUUAAAAAGUCGGGCGAUGAAGGUGGUGUUAUUUUAAGACAAAACAGAAGUGGUGUGACACAAGGUCAAAGAAAUAACAUUGUGUUUUGGUUAGGGCUGCAACUAACGAUUAUUUUGAUAAUCGACUAAUCUAACGAUUAUUCGACUAUUCGGGCGAUUGUUGCAACGAUUAAUCAUUAGCUCUUAACCGACUAUUCAGUUUGUACCCUGACUUAAAAUGUUGUAUUAAACAUGCUUGCUAAUAAUAAAGCGGACAAAAUCAUCUUUUAAAAAUACCUCUAAAUGACAUUCACUGAAUUAAAGGUAAUAAAUACUUUUUAUUAAGUUAAAUCCAGUAAAAAAUUCACAGCAAAAAUCCUAUUGUUAUUAAGUGUUUUUGUCUUGUUUUCCAUUUAAAAUAGUCUAAAAAUACAUUUACUUGAGAAGCAACAUAUGAGCUAUUUAGACUUGCUUUAAGAGACAAGUAUAAGUGUAUUUUGUAUAUAAGUGUAUUUUCUCACUUGGUUAUACUUCUGCGAGUGCAGUAAUGACAAAAUAUACUUAUAUUCAAGAUCUAUCCUCUAAAAGCUACUCUAAAUAUCUUAUAUGCUGCUUCUCAGAUGAAUGCAUCUUUUUUUUUUUUUUUUUAAGGAUUUUUAGAUAUUUUAAAAUAUUUGUAUUUUUAAUAUUAUAUUCAGAAGCAGAAUGAGCUUCAUUGCCAAGUGUUCUCACAGACACAAGGAAUUGUUUUGGUGACAGGAGAAACAAGUGCACACAGAACAUUACAGUGAGACACAGAAUAUAAAACAAGGUAAGAGUAUAAAUAGACAUACAAAUAAUAGAACAUAUAACAGAAACAUUCAACAUUCUCAGAUCAUUUUUUUUUUCUUCUGCAGUAUAGCUGCUAAAUUAAAUGUACGUUGUUUUAAAGGAGUUUUAAAUAUUUAUAUUGGAAAACAAGCCAAAACAAAAACAAAUCAAAAACAUAUUUUGCUGCAGUGUAUAAUGGGGCGAAGACUAUCGCUCUCACCUUUUUGUUUACUUCAAUCCAUCCUUAACUCACAAAAAAAAAAAGAAAAAGAAAAAAAAAACUUUAUUAUAUUGCCAAUUUUUUUGUAUUAUGAUACAAUAAGUCACGAGCUGCAGCAAGCUCGUGUACUCAAGGGACGAGCGUCCCUGCACCAGAGUGUGCAUCAGCCGAGAGAAGAUUCAAUCUCUCUCCCUUAGAUCAGGACACUUUGCGCAACUCAUAGAAGAGGCGUUGAACGCACAGAAAAAUGUACAGUUUCGGAGUUUGUAGUUAUUUACAUGAUCCGCUUCCUUAUUAUUUGAAUUUUAAUGAAGCUAUAAUGCAUUAAAUAUAACUGCAUUAAAGAUGUAAUGCCGGGGUGUAUACUUUAAAGACUCUCGACACGCAGGUUUGCUUCAGUGGAGCGGCAGCUCCUGCUCCGCUUAUUCCACAACGAGAGUGCUUCUGUAUUUACUUAUUUGGUAUUUUUGUAUAAUUCCCUCAUACUUUGCGAUCUACAUCACCUGAAGCUGUGAAAUAUUAGUGUGCGUCUGGACUGUUAGCUGCGUUUCUUCCUCUCCUCAGUCAGGCGCGAGCUGCAGUGCUGCUCUCACAGAGAGUUUCAUAUGAUCUCAUGUUACGUUAAAUGAGAUCAAGUGACUAUUCGACCAUGAAAAUUUUUGUCGUCAAUUUUUUAUUGUCAGCGUUGUCGAUAACAUCGACUAAUCAAUUCAGCCCUAGUUUUAGUUAUUGUGAUUAUGAUUAUUAUUAUGAUUAUGAACAAUAUAAGGGUUCUGCUAGUGGUGCAUUGAUCAGGAAAUUUGAGGCUGAUACUGAUACCGAUUUUUUUAACACAAAGAUCGGCCGAUACCGAUUUUUUUUAAAAAGUGCCCUUUGCCACACUUUUGCAAGUUAUAUUGUGCAGUUAUAUGUUUAUGCCCCACACAGUAAAAUAACAGUAAGACUUUACAAAAAAGUUCAAUUUGUUAACAUUAUUUAAUAACAUUACCGUGACUAUCCAUGAACUUAUGAACUUAAAAGUAGUUACAACAUAUACUAUUACAUUUUUAAAAUCAAAAGUUUAAUUUGUUAACAUUAGUUAAUGCACUAUGAACUAACAUGAACUAACAAUGAACAACUGUAAUUUUAUUAACUAACAUUAUGAUGAAUAAAGGCUGUAAAAAUAUAUUGUUCAUCGUUUGUUCAUGAUACCUAAUGCAUUAACUAAUGUUAACGAAUGGAACCUUUUUAUAAAGUUAACAAAAUUACAUUAAAAUUACAUUAAUUGUGAAUGGUUAACAUGUAUUUGUUUUGAAAAAGUUAUGAGUAGUUCUGUUGUCAAUAUCAAAAGGUCAUUGUGACAUGCUGGUAAACCAUGAGAGCAUCACACACAGCAGAGAUACGUUCAAAAAUAAGAAAAAAAAUAUCCAUUACAAGCUCUAAAACUGCUCCAAUGAGAAAUCAUUAAUAUCUGUAAUUUGUUUACUGACUGUGGCGUUUUGCUGUAACACAAAUCACUAAAAAAUUCUCUCCCCUUUUCUCCCCAAUUCCCAAUGUGCUCUAAGUCCUCGUGGUGGCGUAGCGACUCGCUUCAAUCCGGGUGGCGUAGGACGAAUCUCAGUUGCCUCCACGUCUGAGAACAUCAAUCCGCGCAUCUUAUCACGUGGCUUGCUGAGCGUGUUACUGCGGAGACAUAGCGCAUGUGGAGGCUUCACGCUGUUCUCCGUGGCAUCAACGCACAACUCACCACGCGCGCCACCGAGAGCGAGAACCACAUUAUAGCGACCAAGAGGAGGUUACUCCAUGUGACUCUACCCUCCCUAGCAACCGAGCCAAUUUGGUUGCUUAGGAGACCUGGUUGGAGUCACUCAGCACACCCUGGAUUCGAACUCGUGACUCCAGAGGUUGUAGUCAGCGUCAAUACUCGCUGAGCUACCCAGGCCCCAAAAAUCACUAAUUAUUAAGCAAAUGCGUGAAGACGCGGUGCCUUAAUGGUUAAAAUGUAAUUGCUGUGAUUAGUAGUAAUGUGAUUGUGAAUGUGAUGAAUCUGUUUUAAAUUGGGAUCCUCACAGAAUAGCACUGAGAUGAGUGACUGAUGAGAUAUUGAGACCACCUGCAGAGCGUGCAUGUUUGAUUGACACCGUGAGUGUGCAUCUUGAAGGGAGUGAAGCUGAAAGUGCUAAUGAUCGCUCAAACAGUCUCUAUCGCUCAACACAACGUCUGAUUGUCACGACUCACGUUACAUCACGUAUACAUUAAAUUUGUUUUUAUACCUGUCUGCAGUCUCUUUAUCCUCUCUGUGCUCACAGUGCACAGAGUCAGAAUUACUACCUAAAUGACUCUAGAAAAUGGUCAACUUUAUAUUCAUACACAUGUAAUUCUUUCACAUUUUUAAAAACAAACCUGCAUAUUUAUCUGAAUAACAGCAUGUCUGAAAGUUUAAAUUCAUGAAUACUUAUAAAUUGCCAACAAUUCACCCUCCAGAGGCCACUCUGUCAUGCAUCAAGGGCUGUGAAAGAGCUUAUUCAUUAGAGUAGCAGUGUAUGUGUGAUUCCCUGCGUGCUGCAAAAUAAUUCGGCCCUGAUCCUAGGCACGACUUCACAGACUUAAGACGAAGAUCAGCCGAUUUAGAUCAGUGGCCGAUCAAUCGGUGCAGCUCUAGUUUCUGCUUGGAAGGACUAAAAUACCUUUGUUUUUCUUUAUUGCUCUUAUGUUUAGUGGGUGUUCAAAUAAUGAAGCUUGUAUUAUUUAGAGAACUACAGCAGUAUGACUAACACUCCAGCCAACAAAGACCAUCUAAUUUAAAUAGUUAUGUAGAAAUGUACUUAUAUGUAUUUAUUUAUUUGUAGGGCCAUUCAGUUAGUCCUCUACUAAUAUUUACCAGGCAUUUUUUUUUUUAAAUGCUAAAAAAAAUAAAAUGUUACUUUUUCUUUACUCUUUAAAAUAUGUUUUUGUUUUUUAUUUGUAUGAUUUUUUUUUUUUUUUUUUUUUUUAUGACACUGUAAAUGUAUUUUGUAUGUGAUGGCUUGGCUUAGUUUCCCUUGGUGCCCAUUAAUAGUUAAUAAAAAUAACUGCAAAUGAGCACUGACACUGGCCCUGUAUGAAAACAGAUGACAUCACAAUGACUGCUAGACAAUUAUCACUACAACAUUUUUAGAUUUUUCUAGUGCCUAAAAAGUAUAACGGAAAUAUGUCGCUCACUAAGCAAUUUACAUUUCUUUCAACAUUCCAUCUUUGCUUAUACACUCUUACACACCUAUACAACGUUAAAAUAUUUUAUCCACAACACAGUUACACCCAUAACAUUAUCUGUUACUCGCACAUACUGUUGCAUGCAGUCUCCUUUGCCUGAGGGCAGACUCAGUCUCAGUUGAGUUUGAAACUCAAUGAGAGAAGAGAGCCUUUAUGUGUGAUCGGUGUAUGCUACAUUCAAUGAACAUUCAAUGAGUGUCAUUGUAGUAACUGGACUCUAAACGGUUGUACACUGUUUUCAACUGUCUUGUCUCUGUGGUGUACAGUGUUUUUAGGGAUCAAAUACAUCAAUGAAUAGAACCUACUUAGUAGUUCAUUAUUCAUUUUCUUUUAAUGUAAUUGUUUCAUGUCUACAGUAAUUUUUGGUUUGUUUGCAAAAUUAAACAAUUCAUGCUCUGAAGUUAUUUUUUACUUUGUGCAGAACAUUGUUGAAUAUUCAGAGAAUUAAAACAUGAA